CCGCAGGUGGGGACACGGACCCGCAGGGGGGGACACGGACCCGCAGAUAUGCGAGAUGCCUUCAGCUGUCUCUGCUCGAAGCAGCUGAGAAGAGCUGGAGUCCAAGAUGAGAACCAACAAGGUGUACAAGCUCGUCAUACACAAGAAGGGCUUUGGAGGCAGUGAUGAUGAACUGGUGGUGAAUCCUAAAGUAUUCCUUCAGAUCAAGCUGGGAGAUGUUGUGGAAAUUGCCCAUCCCAAUGAUGAGUACAGUCCCCUGCUCCUGCAAGUGAAGUCACUGAAGGAGGAUUUGCAGAAAGAGACGAUCAGUGUGGAUCAGACAGUUGCCCAGGUGUUCCGACUGCGGCCGUACCAGGAUGUCCACGUCAAUGUUGUUGACCCCAAGGAGGUGACCUUGGACUUGGUGGAGCUGACGUUUAAGGAUCAGUAUAUCGGGCGUGGGGACAUGUGGAGACUGAAGAAGAGCUUGGUCAGCACAUGUGCAUAUGUCACCCAGAAAGUUGAAUUUGCAGGUAUCAGGGCUCAGGCAGGGGAGCUGUGGGUGAAGAGUGAGAAAGUCACCUGUGGAUACAUCAGUGAGGACACCCGGGUGGUUUUCCGCUCCACUUCUGCCAUGGUUUAUAUUUUUAUCCAGAUGAGCUGUGAAAUGUGGGAUUUUGACAUUUAUGGGGACCUGUACUUUGAGAAGGCUGUGAAUGGUUUCCUCGCUGACCUCUUCACAAAGUGGAAGGAGAAGAAUUGCAGCCAUGAAGUGACAGUGGUUCUAUUUUCUAGAACAUUUUAUGAGGCAAAAUCUAUAGAUGAGUUCCCUGAAGCACAUCGUGCAUCCAUCCGGCAGGACCACGAGGGAAGGUUUUAUGAAGACUUUUACAAGGUUGUAGUUCAGAAUGAGAGGAGAGAGGAAUGGACCUCACUGCUCGUGACCAUCAAAAAGCUUUUCAUCCAGUACCCUGUGCUGGUACGACUGGAGCAAGCAGAGGGCUUUCCUCCAGGUUACAAUUCCACCUCGGCACAAGGGAACUACCUGGAGGCCAUAAAUCUUUCAUUCAAUGUGUUUGACAAGCAUUACAUCAACCGCAACUUUGACCGCACGGGGCAGAUGUCCGUGGUGAUCACCCCCGGCGUGGGCGUCUUCGAGGUCGACCGGCUCCUCAUGAUCCUCACCAAGCAGAGGAUGAUUGACAAUGGGAUUGGGGUGGAUCUGGUGUGCAUGGGAGAGCAACCCUUGCAUGCUGUGCCACUCUUUAAGCUCCAUAACCGCUGUGGCCCCGGGGACUCCCGGAUGGGUGAUGACUACAAUAUUCCACACUGGAUAAACCACAGUUUCUACACAUCCAAGAGCCAGCUCCUGUGUAACAGCUUCACUCCACGGAUCAAGCUGGCAGGAAGGAAGCCACUGACUGAGAAAGCAAAAAAUAAUCGAGAUGCCUCUUUAGGAGCUCCCAAGGAUGCUGAGAACGCCCUGCCUAUCCAGGUGGAUUACGAUGGCUACGAUGCCCAGGUGUUCCGGCUGCCAGGCCCGUCCAGAGCCCAGCGCUGCACCACGUUCAGGUCUGUGAGGGAGAGGGAAAGUCGGACGAGGAAGAGCUCGAGCUCGUACGAUGUGUCGUGCAGCCCGUCCCUGCAGAGCCGCGCGCUGCCCCCGGAGGAGGUGCGGAGCCAGGCCUCUGACGACAGCUCCCUGGGCAAGAUCUCCAACAUCCUCAUGAUCCCGCGGCCACACCUGCACCAGUGUGAAGUCAGCAGCUCCCUGGGCUACACCAGCACCAGAGACGUCCUGGAGAACAUGCUGGAGUCUCAGCAGCGGGACUCCAGUGCCCCGGGGAGGUUCCACGUGGGCAGUGCCGAGUCCAUGCUGCACAUCCGGCGGGGGUACACCCCCCAGAGAGCCCUCAUCAACCCCUUCGCCCCCUCCCGCAUGCCCAUGAAGCUCACGUCGAACCGGCGCCGCUGGAUGCACACCUUUCCCGUGGGUCCGUCGGGAGAAGCCAUCCAGAUCCAUCACCAAACCCGGCAGAACAUGGCAGAAAUGCAGGGCAGUGGGCAGCAGGACCUGACUCAUUCCUCUGCUGAGCUCCUGGAGCUGGCUUACCAUGAGGCCACGGGCAGGCACGUCAGCUCUCGGCAGCCGGGGGACAGCGGCUCCUUCCUGAGCUUCGGCGGGACAGAGGAGUUCUCCAACGGGCUGGCUGGGAGCAACGGGGCAGGGGUGAACCUCAAAACUCAGAACAAGGAUUCCUUGGAGGAUGCUGUCUCCAGCUCUCCAGAUCCAAUGCCAGGCUUCUGUUGUACAGUUGGAGUGGACUGGAAAUCCCUCACUACUCCGGCCUGUCUCCCCCUCACCACCGAUUACUUCCCGGACCGCCAGAGCCUGCAGAACGAUUACACCGAGGGUUGCUAUGACCUGCUGCCAGAGGCUGACAUUGACAGGAGGGAUGAGGAAGGAGUGCAGAUGACAGCCCAGCAGGUGUUUGAGGAGUUUAUUUGUCAGCGCCUCAUGCAAGGCUAUCAAAUUAUUGUGCAACCCAAGCCACAGAAACCGGCCCCAGCCGUGCCACCCCCCCUGAGCAGCAGUCCCCUCUACAGCCGAGGCCUUGUAUCCAGAAAUCGAGCUGAGGAGGAAGAUCAGUACUGGCUGAGUAUGGGCCGUACUUUCCACAAAGUCACCUUGAAAGACAAAAUCAUCACUGUGACUCGGUACCUUCCAAAGUAUCCAUACGAAUCUGCUCAGAUAAACUACACCUACAGCUUGUGCCCCUCACACUCUGACUCUGAAUUUGUCUCUUGCUGGGUAGAAUUUUCCCAUGAGAGACUAGAAGAGUACAAGUGGAAUUACUUGGAUCAGUACAUCUGCUCUGCUGGCUCAGAGGAUUUCAGCCUGAUCGAGUCGCUGAAGUUCUGGCGGACGCGGUUCCUGCUGCUGCCCGCCUGCAUCAGCGCCACGAAGCGCAUCGUGGAGGGCGAGGCGCACUGCGACGUGUACGGGGACAGGCCCCGCUCCGACGAGGAGGAGUGGCAGCUCCUGGACGGAUUCAUCCGCUUCGUGGAGGGGCUGAACCGCAUCCGGCGCCGCCAUCGAUCCGACAGGAUGAUCCGGAAAGGAUCUGCCAUGAAAGGCUUGCAGAUUGCUGGUCCAAUUCCUACCCACUCUCUGGAGCAGUCUGGACCUCCCAUUGGGAAGAAAGGAACCUCAGCACUCUCAGCUCUGCUGCAGAUGGAAGCCAGUCAGAAGACCCUGGGGGAGCAGCAAGCAGCAAUGCUUUCUGGGAAGAGCUCUGGGCAGCCCUCGGAGAGCGGGAGCAUUGCCAUCACACCCACCUAUAUGGACAGCCCUCGCAAGGAUGGGGCCUUCUUUAUGGAUUUUGUUCGCAGCCCACGAACAGCUUCAGCCUUCUACUGCCAGGUCUCUAUAGAUCAGUCAGUUCCUGCAGCCUCAGAUGGCAACACAUUGAUAACCACGGGGCAGGUGCCUGACAGGGGCAGCACCCAGACCUUGGGAAGUGCCCAGAACGUUGCAGAGCCAGGGUACAGCACAGCUGGAGCUGCAGAGGGCAGCUCUCAGCAGUGUUCCACGAGUGCUCUGACUUCCUCCUCCACCUUGGUGGAGAUUCUCGAAGCCAUGAAACACCCCACCACAGGGAUCCAGCUGCUCUCGGAACAGAAGGGCCUCUCCCCGUACUGCUUCAUCAGUGCAGAAGUCGUGCACUGGCUGGUCAAUAAUGUGGAGGGUGUGCAAACCCAGGCCAUGGCCAUUGACAUAAUGCAGAAAAUGCUGGAAGAGCAGCUGAUUGUCCACGCGUCUGGAGAAGCUUUACGAACCUUUAUUUAUGGCUUUUAUUUUUACAAGAUUGUGGUGGACAAAGAACCAGACCGAGUGGGGAUGCAGCAGCCUGCCAUGUGGCACACCGCUGCUGUGGACGACUUCUCCGCCUUCCAGAGGAAGUGGUUUGAGGUGGCCUUUGUGGCAGAAGAGCUCCUGCACUCCGAGAUCCCGGCGUUCUUCCUGCCCUGGCUGCCCAGCCGCCCCGCCUCCUAUGCAAGUAGGCACAGUUCCUUUAGCCGCAGUUUCGGAGGACGGAGCCAGGCAGCUGCACUCUUAGCUGCCACGGUGCCCGAGCAGCGGACGGUGACGCUGGACGUGGAUGUGAACAACCGCACGGACCGGCUGGAGUGGUGCAGUUGUUAUUACCAUGGCAAUUUCUCCCUGAAUGCUGCCUUUGAAAUCAAGCUGCACUGGAUGGCAGUGACUGCAGCCGUGCUCUUCGAGAUGGUUCAGGGUUGGCACCGGAAAGCCACCUCCUGUGGCUUCCUGCUCGUCCCAGUCUUGGAAGGCCCCUUUGCUUUGCCCAGUUACUUGUACGGAGACCCCCUGCGGGCUCAGCUCUUCAUCCCCCUCAACGUGAGCUGCCUGCUGAAGGAGGGCAGUGAGCAUCUCUUUGAUGGCUUCGAACCAGAAACGUACUGGGACCGAAUGCACCUGCUGCAGGAGGCAAUAGCACACAGAUUUGGAUUUGUGCAAGAUAAAUACUCAGCCUCUGCAUUCAACUUCCCAGCAGAGAACAAGCCCCAGUAUAUCCAUGUCACAGGGACGGUGUUUCUGCAGCUGCCCUAUUCGAAGCGGAAGUUCUCCUGCGGGCAGCAGCGGCGCCGGCGCAACUCCACCAGCUCCACCAACCAGAACAUGUUCUGUGAGGAGCGAAUCGGCUACAACUGGGCCUACAACACCAUGCUCACCAAAACCUGGCGCUCCAGCGCCACCGGCGACGAGAAGUUCGCCGACCGCCUGCUGAAGGACUUCACCGACUUCUGCUGGAACAAGGACAGCCGGCUCGUUCUCUUCUGGACGGACUGUCUGGACAAGAUGCACGCCAGUGCUCCCUGAGAUAGGCCUGGAUCUCUUGGGGAGACAGCUAAAGCUUUACCUUGUGGCAAGGAUGUAGAAGUGAAGGAUGAGGGAAAAGAGCCUCUGUGUUGGAUUCAUCUUGAGGCUCCGAGAGGACCUGAGCGUUAUUGCUGUUGAUAUUCAACAGAAUUUGAUUAAGUGCUUGAAAAAAAGAAUCUGAGCUCUUGGCUUGCCAAUAUUUA